AUGAGCGACCUUUCCGGCCAAAGAUGGAAGCCAACCUUCUUUGGUACGCACGCCAGACUGGGGGAUUCGCCAGCUACGAUCCGCUGCGACGAGUGGGCUGCAGGCCCCGGCACUGUAUCGUUGACUGUACCCGGUACCUUGUCGUCCUUGUUGGCCCUGUUCGACCGCUGGAACUGGGACUACGAAACCAGAACCGUGCACGUCCCUGGUCCUUCACUCUCUGCCCAGUGCCCACAGCUCGCAAGAAAGAACGACUUGUGCCCUGACGACCACCGACUCUGCGGCCCAACGAUACCUGGAUCGUCCAAUGCGUCCAGGUACCUCCACCCCGCCCUCUGCCUUUGCCCUCUGGCCGCUCACUACCACAAGCCGCAAUCGAGCCCGUCUGAGGUACCUGUCCGUGCCUCUCCACCUGCGUACCUUGUCAGCCAAAAGCCUGCGGGAUUUUCUGGCUGCCCACCUCCACACCGGCCGUCGCGGCCUCUGAUUGGCUCGCGCUUCUUGAAUGACGACGAGGAAACCAGAAAUCAGAAAGGAUUUUCUGUUUUUCCCACACGAAAGGCCCGGCGGGCGCGAACAAGCUUUGGCCCUCUCACGCUGUCCGUCAUGAGCCGGAAGCUGGGGUACACCCAUGCCGUGCAAUUGCUUCGCUUUGACUGGCUAGUCAGUGGCCAAAAGAGCCCUUAUCGUUGCCAUGAGAGCUCGAUCCCUGCCGGCAACGAUGAGAAGGGGAAACCAAUCGACGGAUGCCUGCCAGAAACUGGCUUCCAUGGCUCGCCCAUCUCACCCACUGGAAACGGUUGAUCAUUGCUGUCGUCCUCGCCUGUCUCGUCUUCCAUUGAGAAGUCACCGUCGUUCGUGACAUGCUGCAUGGCAUACAUUGACCCGUGGGCAACGGUCGAACCCGUGCCUACCCGUCGGUCUGUUUUGGUCUGCCGUGCAACAGCGCCAUGGCAAUUUAGACGGGAACGGGGAGUCUAGGGUCUUGGAUUCAACCAGACAGGUCCAAGACGUUGCGGUGUUAUUGCCGGCUCAGUCUGAUGA